UAAAUUUGAAGUAUAACAGUAAUGCAACUAAUAAUCAUUUUGAGAAAUUUCAGUUGGAAAGGAAAAGCAUAUUAUUAUUGUACAUAUAUAGAUAUACAUACCUUAAUGUUUUCAGUAGUAACUUUAGGUUAAAGAAUUGUCUUAAUUAACCAGCCAGGCGUUAAUUACUGUUAAGAGAAACACAACACAAAAUCAUAAUAUGAUAUUUGGAUUGAUUUGAUUAAAGUUUACCAUAAGUGUGAAUUAAUGAGUUGUAAAGUCAAUUAGAAUAGUCUCCUUAUUGAUUUGAUUAAUGUUCUGUGAUGUGUGUGUCAUCAUCACCUAAAAUAGAUCAAGAACAUAAUUCAUGAAUCGAUUAGGAAAGAUAUGUAUAAUUAUCGUUCGAGAAAUUUGGGUUAGUAACGAAAGGUAUACAAUUCUUAACUUCCGGCUAAAGACUAUAUUGAUGUUGUAAUUAACACAUAUAAAUAGUUCCAUAAUUAAGAGCUCUGAGAAGUACAUAUAUAUUAUUACUAGAACGAAAAGGAAAAAAAAAAAAGAAAAACACAAUUAAAAUUUCCGAUGGAUUAUGAGAAAAGAAUCGUGAGUGACGUGAGGUUGCAGGCCGUGUUAGUGGGGUGUCUCUAUCCAAACUACCCGGAGCCUUACCAGCUCAAUGGUUGCAUUAAUGACGUAAAGAUGAUGAAGAAGAUGCUGAUUGGCCGAUUUGGGUUCGACCCGAAGGCGAUUAUGGUGUUGACGGACAAACCAGGGAGUAAGAAACUAAGAGCCACCGGUAAAAAUAUAAAGAUUCAACUCGGUAAUAUGAUUGCCAAAGCCCUACCAGGAGAUAGGCUCUUCUUCUUUUUUUCGGGUCAUGGGACUUCUUUCACUGAUAAACAUAAUCGGAAUCUAACACGGCAUGCCAUAGUGGCCUGCGACGACAAUAACAUUACUUGUAUGGACUUCAGGCAUUAUGUGAACCAUUUGCCCAAAAAUGCAACGCUGACUAUAAUAGCUGAUUCGUGCUUCAGUGGUGGACUUAUUGACCAAGAGCCUGUACAGGUUGGGCUGCUACCCUACUACAAUCCUAGGAUUAAUAAUGAAGACAGCAACUAUAAACCUAGGAAGCUCCCUUACGAAGCAUAUCUUGCACAGCUGUCGUCCAGGACAGGGCUAAACAGUCCGGACAUUGGAGUUCACCUGGUCCAGUUGUUCGAUUUGGAAGCCAGCAUCUUGUUCAGCCUGCCUCCAGAUGAGCAUCCAAAGCCGCUGAAAGCUGACCAGGGAAUUCUACUGAGCGGCGGUGAACCUAAUGAGAACACUGUUGACGAUCCUGAAGAUAGUAAUGGUCCUGCAGGUGGGGCUUUUACUAAAACUGUGGCAGCGAUUGUCAAUGCACACUCUGCACCUAUUACAAACAAGCAGUUGGUUAUCAGGGCCAGGGGUAUUUUGGGCAAUAGAAAGGAUCAUCCGCAACAUCCGUGUCUUUACUGUAGCAACAAAAACGCGGAUGCCGUAUUCCUUCGCAAAGCAUCCCAUGGUCAGGCUGAAAUUGGUCAAACAUCAGAAGAAGGUCAUGUGCUUGAGGAAUGAAUGAUCUAUGAACAAGUACUAUUUUUAUAUAUACCUAUAUAAUUAAUUACAAUAAAGGUUUCUCUUAUAGCUAGAACCACUCCUUUUUUUUAUUUCAUGUUAAAAUAAUUAAUUAAUUAAUUAAUAUUUCUCUAUAUAUUACCAUACUGGUUUGUAAUGGUCACUACUUACUAGUGAUCAAUUCUAUCUGUAAUUUCUUAUCAUCAAUAAAUUUACUCUUGUAAUAAUCCCAACUGUACUGAAAUAAUUAAAUGGACUUAUAUUUCUCU